CAGAAGUGGCGCGGGUUUCCACCCGGCGGCUUUAGGCCGCCGCACGCCGGAAGUGGCGCUGAGCAGAGCGCUGAGGUGGCGGCUGGCGGGACAGCUGCCGGGAGCAAGGGGCGGGGGCGUUGGUCAUGUUUCCCUUCGGGCCGUGUAGCCCUGGAGGGGACAGUGCGGCCGGAGCCGAGGCUGAGGAGCUGGGGCCUCAAGGGGAACAAGCGGCAGCCGCCAGGCCGCCCUCUGCCCCCUCCGCGCCACCACAACCUGGGGCUGACGCAGCCCCUCCCCCGCCACCCGCCCGGAGCCCUCGCCGCCCCGGCGCCCCCUCGCUGCCCCCAGCCGUGCGUGCAGCAGAGCUCCGGCCGCCCAGGUCUCCGGAGACCUCAGUUGUCUCCGCCCAGGGCGAGCCGUCACCGCCCUCCCCGCCGCGCCGGCGGCCCGGGACGGACUGCAGGGCCGGGAGCCGGGGCCGGCAUGGCCUUAGCACGGGCCUGGGCGGCCCCGGGGCCAGGUUGUUCGGGUGGCUGAGAGAGCGCAGUCUGGGCCGCGGGCUGUUUGUGGACCCAGCGCGGGACAAUUUCCGCACCAUGACCAACCUGUAUGGUUCCAUCCACCCCGCGGACUCGGUGUACCUUAGCACCCGCACCCACGGUGCCGUCUUCAACCUUGAAUACUCUCCCGACGGGUCAGUGCUGACAGUUGCUUGUGAACAAACUGAAGUUCUGCUUUUUGACCCAAUAUCUUCAAAGCACAUAAAAACACUUUCUGAAGCUCAUGAAGACUGUGUAAAUAAUAUCAGAUUUCUUGAUAACCGGAUGUUUGCUACCUGCUCUGAUGACACUACAAUAGCACUAUGGGAUCUGAGAAAACUGAACACCAAAGUAUGCACUUUACAUGGUCACACUAGCUGGGUGAAGAACAUCGAAUAUGAUACUAAUACAAGACUCUUAGUAACAUCAGGAUUUGAUGGAAAUGUCAUUAUUUGGGACACGAACAGGUGUACAGAAGAUGGGUGUCCACAUAAGAAGUUUUUCCACACGCGUUUUCUCAUGCGAAUGAGAUUAACACCAGAUUGUUCAAAAAUGUUGAUUUCAACAUCCUCUGGCUAUCUCUUAAUUUUACAUGAUCUGGACUUAACCAAGUCUUUAGAAGUAGGUAGCUAUCCCAUUUUGAGAGCAAGAAGAACUACAUCAAGUUCAGAUUUGACCACUUCAUCAAGUUCAUCUGGUCCUAGAGUUUCUGGUUCACCUUGUCAUCAUAGUGAUUCCAGUUCUUCUGAGAAACACAUGUCACGAGCCUCCCAAAGGGAAGGAGUUUCACCACGGAAUAGUCUUGAAGUCUUAACCCCUGAAGUUCCUGGUGAGAGAGACCGUGGAAAUUGCAUCACAUCCUUACAGCUGCACCCAAAAGGCUGGGCCACUCUUCUUCGGUGCUCAAGCAACACUGAUGAUCAGGAGUGGACUUGUGUCUAUGAAUUCCAAGAAGGAGCUCCUGUGCGACCUGUCUCACCUCGCUGUUCUCUACGACUGACUCAUUAUAUUGAAGAAGCCAAUGUAGGCAGGGGUUACAUCAAAGAACUUUGCUUCAGCCCUGAUGGGCGGAUGAUUUCUUCCCCACAUGGCUAUGGGAUUCGCUUGUUGGGAUUUGACAAACAGUGCAGUGAACUUGUUGACUGUUUGCCCAAUGAAGCCAGUCCCCUGCGAGUGAUCCGUUCUCUGUACUCCCAUAAUGAUGUAGUACUGACAACAAAGUUCUCUCCAACACAUUGCCAGAUUGCCUCAGGGUGCCUUAGUGGACGGGUUUCUUUGUAUCAGCCAAAAUUUUAGGCACAACUUACAUCAAAUAAGGAAUACUUUUGGCAUUUGACUUAUAAAUUACUUCAAUUUAGGUGAAGUAUUUUCUUUUCAGAGUAUCUUGUAAGUUUGGGUCAAAUCCUGGUUCUUUUGGGUCCAUGAACACACCUGCGACCUGAGUACUUGGUCAUCCGGCAUCAUACAGGUAUCUCCAAGUUAGACUCUAUGCAGCACCAUCUUUUUCAGCAUUCCUCUGCUCCUGCUAUCUGUGCCACUGAAUUCCAGUUUUUCUGGUUAUUUUGCACGGUACUUCUUGUCAAGUUCCUUUCUCUCGUGUGUGUACACACGCUUGUUUGCUCUCUCUUUUUUUUUUUUUUAUUUUGUGGACAUUAAAUAAUUUAACAGGAGUUUGGAUUAGAGUAGGAGAAACUCAUGAUACUAGAAUUGAAUAAAACUCAGAAGUUUGUUGUUGGCAUACUGGUUAUUGAGAAGAAAUUUUAUCUUCACUUAU